GGAUGCCGGUAACUCGCGUGGCUUCAGUGAUUCCAAUGAGAUCAAAACUCAGUGGUUUCCUCUGUCUGCUUCACAGGCAACACAGAGACACGAAGAGAUCACACAGAGAUAUAUGCAUCGCCUUAAAGACAAGAAACACGAGACUGUCCAGACAAAAACUAUUUGGAGAAAUGAACACACUGCCAACAUCAGAUAUACCAGACAUAGAUACAGAGGCUCCUGCAGCAGUCAUGUGUUCGGCAGACACAAUCUUCCGGUCGUCCCUGCGUUCGUCCCUGGAACAGACACCUCUGCCAGACGCUGUGGAUACACAAGACACCAUCAAACAGUUUUUGUCCGAACGAAUCCUGAAGGCAGCACGGGUGGUGUACAUCACUCUGUUGGAGCGUAAUCCAGGCUUGAUAAGAGACAGAAAACACCAUCUUAAGACCUACAGACAGUGCAGCAGUGGGAAGGAACUUGUGGAUUGGCUAAUGAAACUCAAUGAUUGUUUCCAGUCACGGAGUCAGGCAGUCGGGAUGUGGCAGGUUUUGGUGGAUGAGGGCAUUCUGGUUCAUGUGAAACAGGAGUUAAACUUCCACGACAAAGACACACAGUUUUACCGCUUUGUGGAGGCCGACUUUGACCUUAACAACACAACUAUUGAGAAAGACUCCAAAGACGAUGAACUCCAAGAGAGUUUAUCGUUACUAGUCCAAAUGGGUCCAGAUGCUCUUCUGACUAUGAUACUGCGUAAAUGCCCGAACCAGAGAACUCCUGAUGACCUGGAAGUUAUUUACGAAGAACUUCUGCACAUCAAAGCUGUGGCCCACUUAUCUACAUCUGUUCGGAAGGAGCUGGCAGCAGUGCUGGUUUUUGAAAGCCAUGCCAAGGCAGGAACAGUCUUGUUCAGUCAGGGGGACAAAGGGACUUCCUGGUACAUCAUCUGGAGAGGCUCUGUUAAUGUCAUCACACACGGCAAGGGCUUGGUGACCACACUCCAUGAGGGAGAUGACUUUGGGCAGUUGGCCUUGGUGAACGACGCCCCUCGUUCUGCCACCAUCAUCCUAAGAGAGGACAACUGCCACUUCCUGCGGGUGGACAAGCAGGACUUUAUACGUAUCCUCAAGGAUGUCGAGGCCAACACCGUCCGCCUGGAGGAACAUGGUAAAGCGGUUCUGGUCCUUGAGAAGAGCUCGGCGCAGGAGUCCACCUAUCAGGGAGGAUCAGCAAGCAGCAACAAGUACACAGUAAUGUCGGGAACGCCAGAGAAGAUCCUAGAACACAUGCUGGAGACGAUUAAACUGGAAACCAGUGAUUUUAUAGAUCCCAGUGUAAGUGACUUCCUCCUAACGCAUCCAGUCUUCAUGCCCUACAGUCAGCUCUGUGCAGCCCUCCAGCAUCACUACCAAGCGGAGCCAUCAGAAGGCUCAGACCUGGAGAAGGCAGCGUAUGCUCUCAACACCAAGCAAAAGGUUGUGAAACUGGUGGGUCAUUGGGUGGCUCUGUUUGGUUCCUUACUGAGGGACAAUCCUGUGGCCUUUGAAUUCUUAGAGAAAUUCAGGGAAGGGGUGAUGGCUGACUCAAGACUUUCCAGCAUGCUCAAAGAACAGCUGAGGGACAGAAGGAAGACAAAAAUAACCGAGAAUGGAUGUCAAACUCUGACGAAGCUAAACCGAAAGUUUGAUUGGUUUUCUGCUUACGAAGAGCCAGUGGGAAAAUUAAGGUCGAUAAAAGCUCAAGAUAAAGUCUUGUAUGAGAUCUUUAAACCGGAUCAUAAGGCUGUCACUGUAAUGCUGCCAGUCGAUGCUUCAGUGAAUGACAUCUUGACUACAUUAGUGGAUCCUGAGAGAAACUAUGUGCUGGUCAAGAUGAAUUCCUCUGGAGACAGAGUCCAGCUCAAGCUGGAGACCACGGCAGUGUCUGCCUCUUUAGGAGUGAACGAGAGGCUUUUCCUCUGCUCUGCCAGCCAAGUGGAACAACUGACCCCCGUGAGCGAGCAGCUGGUGCCAGAGAAGAGCACCAUGGACACUCUGGAGCAGAUGGGCUCCAAGGACAUGGCCAGUCAGCACACCAGCUACGACUGGGAACUCUUCAUGGCCAUGCAUGAGGUGGAGCUGGUCUACUACGUUUUCGGACGGGAAAAGUUCCCAGGAGCCACUACGGCUAACCUUGAACGGUUUGUCCGUCGCUUUAACGAGGUUCAGUACUGGGUGGUGACUGAGCUGUGUCUCUGUGAGGACCUGCUGAAGAGAGCCAUACUACUGAAGAAGUUCAUCAAGAUGGCGGUUGUUUUAAAAGAGCAGAAGAACCUGAACUCAUUUUUCGCGGUGAUGUUCGGCCUCAGUAACAGUGCAGUACAGAGGCUCAAUAAGACAUGGGAGAGACUCCCAAACAAAACCAAGAGGGUCUACUGUGCAUAUGAAAGACUGAUGGAUCCAUCUCGUAACCACAGGGCCUACAGGUUGGCCGUAGCCAAACUCAGCCCUCCAUACAUUCCCUUCAUGCCUCUGCUGCUUAAAGAUAUGACGUUUAUCCAUGAGGGAAACCAGAACUACACUGAUAAACUGGUCAAUUUUGAGAAAAUGCGCAUGAUAGCCAGGACAUUGAAGAUGAUUCGAGAGUGUCGAAGCCAGCCUUACGUGCCUUCAUCUCCACAGAAAGGCUUGACCGAGAGAAUGUUCUUGGAUGCCCAAGCUAUACGAAUAUCAACCUAUUCAGAGCAGUCCUUGACCCUGCGCAGUGGAACCAAUGUAAGACUGUACAUCCAGAACCUUAAAGUGAUAGACAAUCAGAAGAAACUAACUCAGCUCUCCAGAGCCCUAGAGCGCUGACACACCGCAAAGACUGCUUUUCUUCUGUCCGUCCUGCUCCAUAUUGGAGAAAAAAUGACUGAGGGAAUCCAUGAUCACCUUAUGUGUGGUUAAUUGGUGUUAAUGAUCACUCACUUUGUCAAGUGCUGCGUGGACUGUGAUAAGCCGUGAAUUGGCUGAGAAAAUGCUGACAUUUUUUUUUUUUUUGAUGCCUUAUCAGAAGUGUUCUGAUCUGACUGAUGUGACCGUCUAGGCCGUAUCUGACACACUACACCAUGAGCAAAGAAUUUCACUUUAGUGCUGCUGGCAUGAACUGUUAUUUACUAAUAUAUAGAAAUAUAUAUUGUAUGACCAUGUUGAUUCUGACUACUUCUCUUCGCCAUUCUUUCCAAACUAGCAACACUGGCUUAGGCAGUGUUGUAGAUGCAUAAAGUGGUGUAAAGAAGUUGUUUUAGGGACAAAGCACUGAAAAAUGUCUUUGUAAAUAAACAUUAUAUAGACAUUUCUAUGCGCUAACUAUGG